AUGGAUCCGGCCCGGCGAGCGAUGAUUGAGGGGUGGCAGUCACCACCUAAGCGAGACGUGACGUCGGCCAAGUUUGACCCGAGCAGACGCGUGACCAAGCCGGCGCGACCAGAUCACGGCACGACCAGAAACAACAAGGAUCCACGGUACUUGACGCAAGACGAGCAGGAGCGGCGAUUCGUCGCGGAUGAGGACAAGUUUGUGCUGCGACAGUCAAAGAAGAAGGCGGCAAUACGGGUGCGGGAGGGGCGUGCCAAGCCUAUCGACUACCUAGCCUUCAACCUGGGAUACAUUGACGAGGAGCGUGACGUCCUGGACGACGAGGAGGCAGACGUGGACAUUGACGUCCCGGCUCCUUCAUCGGUGGUGCAGGACCUUGUCCAGACGGCGGCGGAGCUAGCGGAGCUGGAGGCCGAGAUGGAGUCGUACUACGUUCUCGAGACCAACGGCAGGAACCGGGAUUACUGGAAGGCGCUGAAGGCGCUGUGCGCGACGCAGCGGGCCAAGCUGGAACCCGUGGGCAGGGGCAGCAAGAACGAGGAGCGAGUGGUCAGCAGCGUGUCCGACGACAUUGACCGCAUCCUGGCCCCCAAGUCGUACGACCAGCUCGAGGCGCUCGAGGGGCAGAUCAAGGCCAAGCUGCGGAGCGACGAGGACAUUGACAUCGACUACUGGGAGCAGCUGCUGAGGAGCCUGGCGGUUUGGAAGGCCAAGGCCAUGCUGGCAAAGGUGUACGACGCCAUUGCCGAGGAGCGGCAGAAGCGGCUAGAGAAGAGAGGCGGUUCUGGUUCCGGCGGCGGCGCCAGACCUGCUGCGGCGACACCCACUGCCUCUGCUGCAGCUCCGCGGACGGGUAGCCAAGGUCAGGAGAAGGAGAAGGAGCAGGAGCAGGAGCAGGAGCAGGAGCCGGAACAGGAGAAGCAGGAGCAGGGGCCAAAACAGCCCAGCGAUGCAGCGGCCCGUCCGCGCAAUGAACCCCCGCCCCCGGGGACAGCUCGCUUCUCACAGAUGGAGGAGGGCGGUGACGGGCAAGGAGACUCUUCGUCGCAGUUGGCGACCACAGACGCCCUGUACCACCGGGAGGCGGCGCGUGGUGUUUCGGAGAACGAGGAGGUCUUCACGGCUGAGGAGGCCGUCCCCGGCGCCCGACGCCCCGCCUGGGCCGAGCAGCACCGUCCCCGCAAGCCCAGGUACUUCAACCGCGUCCAGAUGGGCUACGAGUGGAACAAGUACAACCAGACGCACUACGACUACAGCAACCCGCCACCCAAGGUGGUUCAGGGUUACCGCUUCAACAUCUUCUACCCGGAGCUCAUCGACAAGACAAAGGCGCCUACCUUUAAGAUCAUCCGCGAGCACGGGCGACGCAGGGGAGAGUCCUUUGCUGCCGCCGGUGAGACGGAUACCUGUCUCAUCCGGUUCAUUGCCGGUCCGCCCUACGAGGAUAUUGCUUUUCGCAUCGUCGACCGUGAAUGGGAUUACAGUUCCAAGCGGGAGAGGGGGUUUAAGAGCUCAUUCGACAAGAUCUUCUACCGAAAGUAA